GAAGUUAUGAAAAUAUGCUAAAAGAAAUAUUUUUUCUCAUGAACUCUGUUUUUAAUGAAUCAUCUUUAUUUUGUCUACCAUCAAAUUACAUACACUAAACAUAAAGAUAAUAAGCUAUUGUAUAAAAUCAUGAAAAUCCAGAGUCUAAAUAUAAUAUUUUAUUAUGGCAUCAGACGUUAUAAAUCAUAAAUUAUAUUCCAGGUGAUGUUACACAGUCCUGUAGAAACUCCAAAAAUAUCAUCAUUUGGUAGUUUAGUAUCUCCAGGAAGAGAAACAUCAGUAGAAAUCCACCCUACCGUAGGGAUGGCUACACCAACAUUAGCUGAGAUAGAAAAAGAAAAACGUCAAUGUGUGUAUUCAGCAGAAAAACAAUUGAGAUUCUAUAAAACUUAUACUCAACGGAACUGCAUACUAGAAUGUGAAGCUAAUUUUACAUUAACGUUUUGUCAAUGCGUCAUGUAUUAUAUGCCAAGUACGAUACUAUUAAAUUUAUUAUUUCGUUAACAUUCUUUGUACAGUGCUGGGUCUAGGUAUUUAAAAUUAAUAACAUUUUACAGACGACUAUAACUUCUACUCAGUGUUGAGUAAAUUACUUUUAAAAAGUAAUAAAAUUACGUUCUCGUAACAUAAAAUAUUUUUAUUUUAAUUACAUUCAAAUUACC